AUGGAGACUCUACAAAAGUAUCUUUCAAAGGAGUUUGAGAUGAAGGACCUUGGACAGUUAAAGUAUUUUCUCGAAAUUGAAGUUGCAAGGUCAAAGAAUGGAAUUUCUUUAUCCCAGCGAAAGUAUGUACUUGACUUGUUAGCUGAAACUGGCAUGCUUGACUGCAAGCUUGUUGAGACACCAAUUGAGAUGAAUCACAACCUUGCCAUCUAUCCAAAUCAAGUGCCAACUGAUAAAAGAAGGUACCAACGUCUAGUAUGGAGACUUAUUUAUCUUUCUCAUACUAGACCUGAUAUUGCUUAUACUGUGAGUGUGGUUAGUCAAUUUAUGUAUUGUCCUAACGAAGAGCAUAUAGAUGCAGUGUAUCGUAUUUUGAAGUAUCUUAAGAUGGCACCUGGAAAAGGCUUGUUGUUUGAAAAGAAGGGUGAAUUGGAAGUUGUAGGGUACACAGAUGCUGAUUGGGCUGGUGAUAAGACUGACAGACGAUCUACAUCUGGGUAUUUUACAUUUGUUAAAGGAAACCUUGUAACUUGGCGUAGUAAGAAGCAGAAGGUUGUUGCUAGGUCAAGUGCUGAAGCAUAA